AUAAAAAUAAAAUAACUGAUUCGUUAAGGGUGUCCGGUGUCCAAUUGUCCAUCUAGUAUUUUCCCGAGGGCGUGAUUGUUCUUGUUCACGUAAAGAAUAUUAUUUGGUCAACACUGUAUAAGCAAAUAUCACGGAAUCUCUGUACACAUAAAUAUUCGUUCAUUUUGACGGUAGUUUAAUAUGAUACCAAUUAUAUAACCUUACAAAAGAAGAGUUCAAAUGCGAAUAGCCUAACUGGAAGAGUUCAAAUGCGAAUAGAUGAACAAUAAGCUUUUUAUUAAAAAGAGUUGGAUGACUGACUAGCCAUGUUGAAAUUUAUAUCCGAGUUUUGGUAAGCUUUUCCUUUAAAAAUUACUUUUUCUUUCCCUUCAUUGGUUUUAAAGUUCGGCACUUCGCUAAAAGUUAAUCCUGGACGUAAAGAUGUUAUAUAUAACACAUAACAAUAUCAAUCCUAACAAUCUUAAAAAGGUUGGCUUGAUUUUCUUUUAGAAUGUACUAUGAUAGUAUCCUAUAUUUUAGUUGGUCAAAAUGUCAAACGUUCUGUUCCAGUCUCCAAGAAUCUUAUUCGUGGUAGUUGUCAACCAAGCAGGAAGUCUAUUGGUUUCGUGCCAUUGACCAGGUAACCACAAACGUGGUCAAAUUAAGACUGAGUUUUCCUUGAACAACACAGAUUCCUUGUAAGAUUUUGAAUUCUUGACCCACCAUCUAACCUCUCACAAAAAACUUAAAACUCAUUUUGAUUAUUUUCUUCUGAAAACUAGCUCUUUUUUAUUUUAAAUGUCCUUUUAUACCUCACAGUAUUUCUAGAGUUUUGUAAAUAUAUAGUUUCUUUUUUUUUUUGAAAAAAGGCUUUAAAUAUAUAGUUUCUUUCACUUCAAUGUCACGGAGAUGGUGAACUUUGAUUAAACACAUAAGACUGAAUAUAUAAAUCUUUUGACUGAGUGCCAAACUGUUUUGUUUUAUAUCCAAUAACAUGGAUGUAACAAGAGCAUAUUCCCACGCGAUCCACGGUUCCAUUUGUUUACUUGCAUAUAGUAAUAUACAGAUUCCGCAGGAUUGACAAAUUGUUAUUCACACACGCAUUGUUUGUUUCUUACAAAUCAUCCACAUAAAUACCGUAAUAUGCAAUGCAUGAAAUUAUAUACACACGCAUAUAUGUAUAUAAAACUAUAAUGUUAAUUGUUACAUAAUGAAAUAAAAGGAAAAUCUUAUAUAAACUCUAUAGUUCGUUUAUUGUAAGAAAUUAUACCAGGGCGAGAUUUUCAUAAAAUUAAUUUUAAUAUAAAUGCAGAAAAUGAAAACUUAAUUUGCUAAUGUAGCACUAUUAAAUAGUAUGAUAGUUAAUGAAUUUAUUAAUACCAAAAUUACGACCCACAGAAAGUAUAAUAAACAAUAAGUAUUCUUUAUGUUUCAUAAAAAAUAUCAUUUAACACCUUUUCUUGUUAUACAAAAAAUAAUAUUUUAUAAUUUAAUGUAAUUUAUAGUUAACUGAAACUUAAUAUUAAUUAUAAAUACAUUGAUCUUAUAAAUAAUUUUAUUUCUAUCAAAUAUUAUUGAUUAAAUAUGUGUAACUAGUAAAAAUAUAAAUGUAUCUUACUCAUUUUUUAAAUCCGUGUGAAAAAUUUUAAAAUGAUAUUUUCGAAAGAGUACACUGUAACUGCAGCUGGUUUUAUGGUUAGCUCAAAAAGGGUGCCUUUGGUUUUCAGAGACGAGGGGAGUAUACGAGUUGCACUUAUGUAAUGUUUAUAUCGACAACAUUAUUACUAAUUUGAUAAAGAUUUUUAUAUAUUUCCUCCAAAUUCAAAUUCUUUAGUUUUGUAUAUUUCGUCCUCGAACAUUUUUGUAAAAGAAAUUACACACUUGGUUGCAUGUCAAGAGUGAGAGUGACACAUGUGUUUUCCACUAGAAUGACACCAUUUUCGUGACAGUGUGAUAUCCUAUAAUAUUGCCCAAAAAGCUUAUCACUAUAGAUAAUAGUAGUUGAUAAGUACCGAAGCCUAGAUGGAUCACGAGAUCAGAAACGGUCGACAAACAUAUAUACACGUGCAAAAAACAAGAAGCGUUACAAGUCAUACAAUCAAAAUUCAAAAUGUUUUGAUUACUUCAAAUAUGAACUAAAAAUCCCUCGAAAGGUGACUCAUAUUUUAUAGAAAACUUGUUUAGAUUAUUAAGUUUUGGUUUGAUGCUCACUGAGUCAUUGUUGAUCGCUAUGUACUUCAGACUUAGAAUAUCAAAAUUAAUGUUCGAAAUUGAAAUAGUGAAGUAUGUCGAAUUGGCGAUCCGUCUAUUGUGUAUACAUUUCUUUAUAAACUUAUGAUAUUUUUGAAUUUUUCAUUAACUAUUCUACGUCAAUUCAUGAACAAAAAAAUUAGGUCUAAAAGAAAGUUCGAGAGCUAUUGGUUUAUUGCAAUGUAUGGUGAUUCAUCUUAUUAAUAAAAUAUAAUUCAUAAAUAACUGUAAUUUAUUUUAGUUAUCUUACGUGUGCAUGGCGUGGCCCAUGGCUGUACCCAUCGUAAGGAGUCAGACUCAUCCUCAUAUUAAUUAUACAGUACUGCAUUUGAUUGUUAAUGAAACCGACGAAGUCGUCUAGCUUGGGUUACCGUCAAGAGCUGGACAACGUAAUUUAAUAACUCUACGAUACAUAUUUUAACCUUUUAAAGAUUUGAGUAGAGCGAAUAUACACAUACAAAAACACACCUAAGUUUAUUGCAAACUUGUUUAAUUGAUCGUGAAAGCUCUUGAUUACUUAACUUAACUACCAUAUUAUGAUCGUCGACGUUAGCUUAUUAAAACAAAUAUAUACACGACGUUACACGAAAAAGACUAGAGAUGAAAACGGUGGUUCCUUUCGGUCCGAGACACGUGGCAAUAUAGUGUGAUUCCUUUGCAUCUAAGACACGUGGCAUUAUUAUGGGACCAACUUUAUUUUUAUCUACAAAGAGAAGAGUCACCACCACCUCCUUCAGCUGGGCCGGCUUGUAGGUCCCAACUCAGAACUUCGGUCCCAUGGCUCCCACUUGUAAAUUGUAUUAACAGACUCUCUCUCUCUCUACUCUCGCUCUAAAUUUUGGUGCGCUUGAGCAUCUAUAUAAGCCACCUCUUGGACUUGGCAUUUCUCCCACACUAUCUCUCACUCUUCGAACACUGCAAAGGCCAAAUUACAGAUUCGAAUAACAGUGCAACUUCUUCUUCUCCUUCCUCUGUUCCCAACACCUGUCGUUUCUUUAACUUCUCUCUUGGCCACAUUCCUUUUACUAAACCCAUUUAAAGAUCCAUCUUUAAUCACUGGUUUUUUCAUAAGGGCACGAUCUUAUCAAGGAGAUCAAUCACUUUGACUUCACAUCCUCUGUUCUCAAAAUCCCCUUUUUUCUUACUUCUUCUCUGUUUUAUAAUUUUUUAUAAGAUGGUGAGCCAAAACGUCGUCGUAUCAGACGCCAAUACAGGAAUCAUAACCGUCUCCAACUCCUCGGUCUUUGCUCCUUCCGCUCAAAAACCACCGACUGUUCCUGGUCACAUCUCAAUUUCCAAGAAGAAACUACUCAAGAACCUAGAACUCAGUGGCGCUCAAAGUCAGAGACUCAACUCUUGGGUUGACUCCAUGAGAGCUUCUUCUCCUACUCAUCUCAAAUCACUUUCUUCUCUUUCAUCAGAAGAUGAGCUCAAUUCUUGGCUUAAACGACAUCCAUCGGCUCUUGACAUGUUUGAAAGAAUCAUCGAAGCUUCAAGAGGAAAACAGAUCGUUAUGUUUCUUGACUAUGACGGUACUCUUUCUCCAAUCGUCGCUGAUCCAGACAGAGCUUUUAUAACCAGCAAGAUGAGAAGAACAGUGAAAAAACUGGCCAAGUCCUUUCCAACCUCUAUAGUUACUGGUAGAUGCAUAGACAAGGUGUAUAGCUUUGUGAAGCUAGCAGAACUGUAUUAUGCUGGUAGCCAUGGAAUGGAUAUUAAAGGUCCAACAAAAGGUUUCUCCAGAUACAAUAAGGAUAAACCAUCUGUUCUUUAUCAACCAGCUGGAGACUUUCUUCCCAUGAUCGAUGAGGUUUUUAAACAAUUAGUGGAGAAAACCAAAUCAACACCAGGAGCCAAAGUGGAGAACAACAAGUUCUGUCUUUCUGUACACUUCCGUUGCGUCGAUGAGAAGAAAUGGAGCGACCUGGCUUUAAAAGUUCGGUCGGUGGUAAAGAACUAUCCGACAUUGAAACUGUCCCAAGGUCGGAAGGUUUUUGAAAUCCGACCUAUGAUUAAAUGGGACAAAGGCAAGGCUCUUGAGUUUUUGUUAGAGUCACUUGGAUUUGAGAACUCUAACGAUGUAUUUCCGAUAUACAUUGGUGACGAUCGAACCGAUGAAGAUGCUUUUAAGCUGCUUCAAGAGAGAGGACAAGGCUUCGGCAUUCUUGUCUCCAAAUUUCCCAAAGACACUAAUGCAUCGUAUUCUUUGCAAGAUCCACCCGAGGUGAUGGAUUUCUUGCGACGGUUGGUGGAGUGGAAACAAAUUCAACAAUGAUCAUGAAGGGGGCAAUGGAGUAAUCAUAGUAAAAAUAAUCAUCAGCAUAUAGUAUAUAUUUAUAGAUGAUGUAUAUCCCUAACCUAUAACGGAACAUUUUACAAGAUAUACAAGGGAAAAUUCUUAACGUGCCCUUAUAUAUUGGUUGAUCUUGUUCAUCAUAAUUCUCCGUAAGAAAAAUACGAACAAGAACUUUUGUCAAUCAGGGAUAUAUUUUUCUUUCUUUUAUAGCCUUCUAAUUCUAAAGGCAUUUUUUACCUUAUAAACUAAGGGAAAGUAUGGGAAUGGGUAUAUUUUGUAAAAUCUACAUUUUCUGUCCUAUAUCGCUGUUUUUAUCUUCGUCAGUAAUCUUGUAAAAUGUUAUUUUUCCGGUAUCAUCUUGCAGAACGUAUUAUAGUU